AUGGCCGUCUCUCGCGUGGCCGUUAUCGGUGCCGGCCCAUGUGGCCUCGCCGCUCUCAAAUAUCUACUAGCAGAAAAGACGUUCUCCGUCAUCCAGGCGUAUGAGCAAAGGGACACCUUGGGCGGAGUCUGGGCCUACAACACUCUCACUCGCGAAGACAAUGAAUUCGCCAUUCCCAGGACAAGGCCCUCGAAGGACGCAGAUGUCCCCGUCCAGGUCGCAAACAAGUCUGCACCACAAUUUGUGUCUGCUGUGUACGACACGCUCGAGACCAACAUCCCGCACACGCUCAUGUGCUUCGGCGACACGCCCUUCCCUGUUGGCUCGAAUCUCUUCCCUCCCCACGAAGCAGUAAAGAAGUACUUGGAAGAAUACGGAGAGGAAGUCAAGCAGCACGUUUCAUUCUCUACCCAGGUACUCACCAUCGACAGGGUCCAGGACGGCGACAAGAAGCACUGGGAGAUUGAGACGCUGGAUCUGAAGACAAAGACGCAGCAAAGGGCGCAGUUUGAUGCCGUCCUCGUUGCGAGCGGCCACUACAACGACCCGUACAUCCCAGACAUCCCUGGCCUGGUCGAGUUCGAUAAGGCAUACCCCGGGGCCAUCUCCCACUCCAAGUUCUACCGCAAUCCCAACGACUACGCCGGGAAGAAAGUUAUCGUCGUCGGAAACUCAGCCUCCGGGAUCGACCUGAGCGCGCAGAUCCAAACGGUCAGCAAGCUCCCCGUCAUCAUCUCCGAGCGCUCGCCCCAGGUCACGGGCGGCGACGAACAGUCAGGCUGGUCCAAGCAGGUCCCCGAGAUUAUCGAGCUCACCCCUGAGGGACGCAAAGUGCGGUUCGCCAACGGCGACGUCGAGAAGGACGUCGACGUCGUCGUCUUCUGCACAGGCUACCACUACAGCUUCCCCUUCCUGCGCGGUCUCUCGCCGCCCAUCGUCACCGACGGAUCCUACGCGCGCAACCUGUACCAGCACCUGGUGUACAUCAACGAGCCGACCCUGGCCAUCGUGGGUAUCCCGCAGCGCAUCAUUCCCUUCCCUUUCAGCGAGACGCAGGUCGGGUGGAUGGCCCGCAUCUGGUCCGGCCGGGCAAAGCUGCCCACCGAGGAGGAGAUGCAGGAGUGGGAGGCUGCGAAGCGCAAGGAGAAGGAGGGACAGGAGAAGUCGUUCCACGUGAUGCCCUUCCCUCAGGAUGUCGACUACAUAAAUCUUCUACAUGGCUUCAGCGAGAAGGCAGAGACGAAGCCUGGGUUGGAUAACGGGGGCCGAGGCAAGAUACCCCCGUACUGGGAUGCGUACAAGAGGUGGCUGCGGCAGCAGACUCCUCUCAUCAAGGCCGCAUCGAGGAAGCUGGGGGAGAAGCGCAGGGAGAUUCGCACACUGGAGCAAUUGGGAUUUCAUUACAUCGAGGAGAAAAAUUAA